CCCAGCAGCCUUCAAGGCGGCCUACUUGUCUACCGCCUGCAUAACGCAUCCUAGAUUGAUGUUUCACCACUCUGGAGCUCAUUGACGCGGCAGACAGCCUGCGAACGGGUUCACAGCUCAGGGCACACAAACAGAAGCUGGAAAAGGUUCUUGCGAGUCAGAGAGUCGCGGCCCACAGAGCUUCAGUCUGACUCGUGGAAGCCAACGUCGCGUCGGUCUUCGCGACGCCUGGGUGCUGAUACUGCGCACAAAUCUAGUAUGGCUGACGCAGGAGAUGUCCCAGGGGCGGACCUCCGCACGGCUGUGUGGCGGGCGCUGCGGGAAGUGGAAGCGCUCAAGGUGGAGAACGAGCAUCUGCGCCAGAGCCUAGGCGGCGCCAUGGACACCACGGAUCUGGGUGCUGUACCAGUGUCUGGGGCCGAGCAUAACUGCACCAAUGAUGGCCACCAGGGAGACGAACACGAGCAGCAUCAGCCGCAGCACCCUCGGAGUUAUGCCGCCAGCACCACCUGCGGCGGCCGACCGCGGUUCAGCACUGUGGGCGGCAUAGCAAGCGGCUGCCAAUCCCCCUUCAUGUCGCCGCAUUCACAGCGCCCCACCUCCAGCGGUGUCACACGCGGCUACUCGCGGCUGUCCUCAACCAGUGGCGGCGCCCGCAGCCCCUUGCCAUCGGCCCGCUGCCUCAGCUCGGGCUGCACCCCCUCGGUCGGCGGCUGCCCCCCCCUCAGCGAGUUGCCCGAGCUGCUCGUCGAGGAGGCGGCGGCGGAGGUGGCGGCGGCGGCGGCAGCGGCCGGGACCCUGGGAUCCCUGGCGGCCUUCCGCCGCAGCACCUUCCGCCGCCGCAGCACCGCCGCAGGCACCAGCAGCGGCGGCGGCGGCAGCGGCUUGGGCUCCCGCGGCGGCUCACGGCGCAACUCUUCGCGCCGAAUCAUCCCACUCCCGCCCUUCAUCGAUGGCCUUUCUGAACACACCGCGGCGCAGCGGCAGCAGGUGCUCUACGAAGUAGCCUCGCCCUUCUCCUCCUACGCCGCCGCCGCGGCUGUGGACGAGUCCGAUGACGAGUCUGCCGGCGCCGAGGGCGCUGCGUCUCCGACGCCCUUCAGCCAGGACGUCGACGUGGCGGCCGUGGUGAAUGAGGCCGCCGGUGUGGCCCGGCGCCUGCAAAUGGGCAGCCGCCGCUGGCUGCUGGGUGCCAGCUCCGGGGCCAUAUCUUCCUUCAGCCGCGCGCCGUCCGCCGCUAGCCUGGCGGGCAUGAACCUGACGUCGCUGAGCCGGACCACCUCGGCAGCGGACCUGGUGGCAGCGGCGGCACCGGUGUUCGCAGCCUACAGCUGUGUGGAUAGCGAGCUGGUCGGGACCGAGGAGCAGCGGGCCGAGGCUACGCAGGCUACGGCAGCGACGGCGGCGGCGCAGUUCGGUGCCGGUGCCGGUGCCGUUGGCGGCGGCUUCCUUGAGGGCGACGAGGCUUGCUGUGCCAGUCCUUACUACGGCUCCGAGGCCGAGGAGGAUGAGCAGGAGGCGUACGGCUGGUUGUACAGCAGCGAGGACGAGGAUGAGGCCUGGAGCCGCCGCACCAGCCGCGCCGCCGCGGCCGGCGGCAAGAAGGGCGCAGGCGACAGCAAGGCCAACCGCAGCAGCAGCGGCGGCGGUGGCGGCCGCAGCGGCUGGUUCGGUCGCUGGCUCAGCGCCAUGGGGGUCGGCGGCAUGCCCAGGGCUUCUGCUCACGUUUCCGGGGGGCCCAAUGCCGCAUCCCCAUCGCCGCCGCCGUCAGAUACGCUGGCGUUUGAGCCAGCUGCCAUGAGCGGCGAAGGCCGGGCUGCUUGCGUCGCGGCGCCGAUGCCCGCGGCUGCAGACGCCGGUGCCGUGGCGUUUGUGGAGAUGCUGCCGUGCCACGGCGUCAGCCAAUUGCAAGGGACGCUCCGCCCGCCCAAUGGCUCCCGUGCCGGUCAGCAGCCACAGCAGGCAGCAGCCGAGUGCGCAGCGGCAGCCGCUGAGGGUGUGGAGGCCGCUGAGGUCGGUCAGCUUGAAAAUGACGCGAGUCGCUCGCUGGCCCGGAGUCGUUUCAGCUGGCGCCGCUAGAGCUGCUGUGCCGACAGCUGCACGUUGUCCUGUCUGAGCUGCGCAAACGCAUGCCCUCUGUAGCAACCAAACAGAUGUGUGGUGUAGCCAAGCAUCGCCAGCACACAUCUGCUGGCGCUCGCUCGCUGCAGGGCACCCGCACCCAUCCCUCCUAGCAUGGGCCCAGUACAGGCAUCUUGCAUCCCACGCCGAUCCGUCAUGCGGCGUGUGCGGCUGCUCCCCCCGUGUGUAACAAGCACAUGCACUCGUCACCUUGAUAUGAAGUGACCUUAGACUGCAUAAAUUGCAUGGCAUAUGCCGUGUUUGGCUUUGUCUCCCAACACGACGGCGUUUCGGCAGGUUGGUGCGUCUUUUGCGGCUGAUUGGGCUCGUGGCCCAUGCAUGCUGGCGUCAUCCAACCCUUAGUAAGGACGUUCUUACUCCAUUCUGAUCAUGCAGUAUUACGGUUCCGCGAAUCCAUUCAUCUUGCGGCUGCUUCGCUCCUCACUCGCUUUUACGGUACCAAUGUUUGUGACAUGGCACAAGUUGGUGGCUCAACAUCUGCGGGAAUGGAUAUGUCAUAUGUGGCUUGGCCAGGUGCAUCGCCGCGGGCAUCAGAGCCGUUGUGCACGCGGGUUGUUGAUCAAGGCAUGUGUUUACGGCCUGAUGAAUGGGGGCACCACAAGUCCACGUACCCACUUCUUGUGUUCAUUACUCAGCACGGCAAACUGUGCCCGACAGCAGGGCUGUUCUUCUUUUAAACUGUUCAUCACUGACCCGGAAGAACAUUGCGCUCGAGGCCAUGCAAAUGUGGCCUGUGUGGUCUUAUACAUGACGCGGCACUGCUUGCCCCGGUGCGCAUGGGCGCUUUAUUCUAUGCAGCGAGAGAGUGAGAAAGAAGAUAUGAGAGCGCAGUAGAGGGAGACUUCGUGGUUCAGGUGAAGUGUGUGUGCGUGUGUUGCGAGUCGUGCUGAUGCACCAGGGGCAUCAGGUAGAAAUCUUGCGUUGUGCGGUAGCAGCGUCGCUUUUGGGCAGCGACCAUUAAUUUAUUCCGAAUGCUCCUAAUAUCGGGUUGUGUUAGUGACCUCGCGAGAGUGCUUGCCGGGUCUGGCCGGCCGGCUGGGCAGUCCCUUGGGCAGUCGUGUCGGGUGAUAUCGUGUGUGCGGCACGGUGCAACUACCUAGGCCCCCGGGGCGUGACGGGGCGUGUCGCUAGAAGCCUGUGCCCGUGUGCCGGUGUUACUGAUGAUGGUUUGCCAUCCUCUGCAUGGCGGGCUGCAUGGGCCUUGCCUAGGGUUGGUAGCACUCAACCGCGACCUGGCUCGCUGGUUGAGUUGCCGACAGCGCAAGCUAACAGAAUGACUAUCACUCUCUGUCAACUCAUAUCCAAC